CCUUUAAUGAAAAAAACCUCCAGCAGAACUGAGGUCAGGGUGGGAGGCCAUCUGCUUAGGCGGGCUGGGACAAGGGAUGGGCCAGAAGCACCAGGCAGCAAACAGUGCACAGGUUACUUGGUUGGGCCAAAAACUGCACACUGGAGACAUACAGUACAGCUUUGAAUGUGACAGUACCUUUAGAAAUGUCCCGACAGGCAGAAGCCAAAAAGAAACACCAAGAUAGCACAGUAACAUGCUGUGCAUUGGUGACAUGCAUGUACUGUAAGAGAAACAAGGGAGACAUUACAGUAUAGCAACAUUAAUGAAUAAUUAUCCAGCUGAAAACAGUUGGCUGAGCCUACUGGAUCAUACGAUCAUAUGAAUCCCAGAAGAGACACAAUAUAAAUAGCAGGUUUGUAAUUGUUAGUGAACUACUUACAACGUGCUGGGUGUUGUCUGAGGCCGUUUCAUUCUUAAUAGUACGAUGUGGUACAUUGUUCGAUAUGUUUUCUCUUUUCACAAGUAGAUAAAGGCUUCGCUGAUGGGUCCAGAGAAGAAAUCUGCUACAGUUUUGAACGACACAUUUGUUCGUCCUGCAGCCUUUUAUCUAACUGGGUUUUCCAACCUGCCUUACGCGAACUAUUACUACAUGUUCCUGUGCUUCAUCUACAUCCUGACUGUUCUAGGGAAUGGAUUCCUCCUCUCACUGAUCUAUCUGGUUAAAAUGCUUCAUACGCCUAAAUACAUGAUUGUGUUCAGCCUGGCUUUAACAGAUCUGUGUGGCAGCACUGCUCUCAUCCCUAAAGUCCUGGACACGUUCUUGUUUGACAGGAGGUACAUUGUCUAUGAGGCUUGUUUGAGUUACAUGUUUUUUGUGUGGUUUUUUGCAUGUGUGCAGUCGUGGACACUCGUCACUAUGGCCUAUGACAGGUUUGUUGCCAUUUGUUUUCCUCUGAGGUACCACAGAAUUGUAACGAAGUCGUCUGUUGCUGCAGUGCUGCUGUUUGCGUGGGGUCUUUCACUGAGUGUGAUCGCAUGCAUGGCUGGGCUCAUUGAUCGCCUCUCCUUCUGUGGAUCGCUGGUGGUACAAAGCUUUUACUGCGACCAUGGACCUGUAUUUCGUCUGGCCUGUAAUGACAAGUCUUGGAAUGGUACACUUGCAUAUGUUGCCUCUGUUAUUAUCACUGGUAUCCCCCUCAUAUUGAUAGCAUUUACAUAUCUUUGUAUUUCGAUAGCUCUACGCAAAAUUGCGUCAGGAGUGGAACGACUCAAAGCUUUUAAAACUUGUACUUCUCAUCUGAUUAUUGUGGCUAUUUUCUUCCUUCCAGUUAUGGGCACCAGCAUAGCUUCUUUGACCACCAACCUCCACCCUAACGCCAGGAUCAUCAACUCCACUUUGACACACACGGUGCCGUCUUUGCUCAAUCCUAUCAUCUAUUCUUUAAAGACUAAAGAAGUGAUGACCUCUAUCAGAAAACUAAAUAAUUGGUUUCACAACUCAACCUCACCGAAAAACAUAAAUUCACUAUAACUGCUUUAUGGGCAAAUAAAUUUGACUUUUUACUUCAUGUAAAUUAGUACAUAUAGUAAUGUAAAUGUAUAAUGCAGCAAAGGUUCUUAUUUUAAAUUGGAAACUAUAUGCAUGUGUAUAAGUUUUAUUGCAAUACAGAUUCAGCAAUCUUUGAAACAUCAGAAAAGCAUAGACCUGCAGUUUGUUAAUACAUCAUUUUACUAAGGUUUUGCAUUAGAGAAUGAAAAUGAACUGUCAUCAUCAGGCGAUUAUUAUUAUAUUAUCAGACAUGCAGAAAGGUAAACAAAGUUCAAUGAUUUGUUGAUGAACACAAAUGUCAGCUGCAGGAUGAAAGUACUAUUCAGAUUAGUUAAAACCAUGAAUAAUUCAAUAUCCAGUAAAAUAAGAUCACAAGUAACACUGAGAAAAGUUGAACAGAUGUUGAUUCCACAGCCACAUUUCUUCUUCAUGUCAACCUUUGUAGCUUGUCAAUAACAAAAAUACACCUACAAUUGUGAA